UGUGUGUUUCAUUGAAAACAUGAAACCAGUAAUGUACAGUACUUAAUCUAUAUUGAAUCCUGAUAUACUGUUGAUUACUCUUUUUCUUUACAUAUCUAGGUCUGUGCAUCCUGUACCACCAUUUCUGGCAAAAUCAACCAAUGCUCCAAAGGAACAUGCCGACCUGCAACCGCCUGUUAAGCGGGGCCAUUCAUUUCACUGGAUGUUUGGCCACCCAGACAUUAAGAAUGUUGACUCUGUUUGGCCUGCAGUGCAUCAGUGCGAGCAGUUUCUUUCACCAUCAGCGCCGCUACACUAUCCCUGUAAUCGUUCAGGUUUUAGUGACCUACGGGCAAUGGAUGGCGGGCUAGUUCUUGCUGGUGACUGUAGGUAAACCAGUGUGAGAGCUCAUAGACCAGUUGCACGUUUUGAUUUUGUUAUUUGUUAUCAUGUAGGGUGGCUUUAGUUGGCAUUUGCAGAUGACAUGGUGGAUUGUCUUUACAGACCUUGAUUAUUAAAAACUUGAAACAUAAUUCAAAUUUGUAAUUAAUUCCAGGUCAGAUUCUCCUGGGCACUGCGCGAAGUAUGGAUCCUACUCUCUGAUAGAGGACAGAGUGAACAAGGUGGUGGAUGUUCAGCUUGUUCAGAGCUCAGAGGUCCCCAACAGCUCAUGGUGUGAGCUUGAAGGGCUCAAGCGCAGUGUUGACCUGUUGAAGGGAAAGGACCUGCAUUUGGCAACGCUGAUCGCGGACCGUCAUCGCCAGUUAUUUACAAUAAAAAUGAAGUGUAGAAUGUAAAUAUCUGAAUUGCAUUGAAGCUGGAUGUUUGUGGUUUGCUGAUGCACUGAGGGCCACACAGGUCAAUCAUCCACAAAAGUUUGUUUAUUUCUCCUUAGGUUGCCAAAUGGGUGAGAGAGGAGCUGAGCCCUGAAGGGACACGUCAUUAUUUUGAUGUGUGGCACAUUGCCAAAAGUCUGGGGAAGGCAUUGGAUGCAGCUUCAAAAGAGUGUGACCAACUACAGUUGUGGAGGCCUGCUAUAGUGAAUCACCUCUAUUGGACUGCAGCCUCAACCCCAGAUGGCAACCCAGCGGUCAUGGAGGCCAAAUGGAGAAGUUUAGUCAACCACAUCCAGGACAUUCAUGACCAUGACACCCCUGCCUUCUCCAGUUGUGCCCAUGGCCCUCUAGAUGGGGAUCAGCGCAACAAAGAGUGGUUGGACCCAGGCUCAUUGGCAGCAGUAAAGUUGGAGAACAUAAUCAUGAGGACUGCCUUACUGAAAGAUGUUCGACAGCUGUCUCCACAGCACCAGACCUUCUCCCUUGAGGCUUACCACUCCCUCAUCUUGCACUUUGCGCCCAAGCACACAGGGUUUUCAUACCUUGGGAUGUAUAGCAGGCUUCUCUUAGCGGCGCUGCAUUAUAAUCACAAUGCCAACCGCGAGACAGCACGGAGAAGUGAUGGGACGGAGAAGUACUGCGUGCGGUAUCCGCGCUUCAAAAAAGGUGCCCAUGUGGUGCUUCCCAUCAAAGAGGCAGCCUCAUACGGUUAUGCAACAUCAUUAAUGAAGGCCCUUCGGGAAAGCUACACCAAUUCACCUUCAGCUCUUCGAGAGGUUAGCGACAAUUUGUCCUCCGAUGCACCCGCCCCCAUCGCCAAAUCCUUCGAACAGGUUCCUAAGGAGGAGGCCGUCAGCCUCUACCUAGCCCGGUAGUCACGUUACACAAAAACCUAAUUUCACAUUAUUAUUAUUUUUUCCACAGACAAGUCCAAUGAUUUAGUUGUAAGUAUUUAUUUUAGUUGUUAGUUAUCUUCUUUCCCUCUGUCCCUGUCAUCUCAUUUGGUGGUGGUUUCCUGCAUGCUGCAUGGUUUGUUUUUUCUUUGUGUGCUAUUGCUUUGGUUUUACUUUACACAAAAUUAUUACUUUUUUCCGUCUUUGUAAGUGGCAAUAAUUGUCGCUGUACCCCAUUCAAGGGGUCCUGCAUGCUGCAUGUCUGCUCCUCUGUCUGUUAUUUGCAUGAAAUGUGUUGUAUGUAAUUAAAAAUAAUUUACCAAUCAUUUUACCUGUGCCUUGUUAACCUCUGCGGUGUUGUCUGGGCUCACUGUGUGUCUGCUUGAUGUGCUUUUGCGUGUGUGUGUGAGAGAGAGAAACAAAAGAAACUGUGCAAACGUUUCAGGUCAGUAAUCUUCGUCCUUGUUCAGUAAAUGUUCAGUAACCGUUACAAGUAAUGCCAAUAAACUGUGUUUUCUUAUCAAAAUUCAUGUGUUCUGUGUACUUUAUAACAUUUUAAGGGCAAUUUGGGGAUCACAACAGAGUAAGCAAUUAUUUUUAUUCAUUUUCAUCCAAACGAGGCCAUUGAAAGCCCUGAUAGGUCUGGUCACCACUUUGAAAUUGUUGUCUGAUGGUUGAAACCACACAAGAGGGUAGAGGCUUCCUUAUACUCCUGCCUAA